GCUGCCUCGUGGGCCCACCAGGGUAGGCUUCCCGAGGGCUUUGUCUGGCUGGGCCAGGGCAGGAUGGGGGUUCUGGUGGCACUGUGGGGAGUGCUGAGCUUCCUAGGGGUGGCUCCGGGGGGCUCCCCUGCCCUCCACUUGCACAGCACCUCCUGCCACUUGGCCAGGCCCAUCGCCAGCAUCUCUUUGGGGUCCCUGAGCUUCCUGGGCAAGGAUGUCCAGGGACUAGCCCUGUUCCAUGCCCGCUGGGAUGGGCACGGGAGAUUGCAGGUGUGCAUCCGGCAGGAUGAGCCGGAGCUCACUGCAGCCUUCGGCGCGCUCUGUGCUGGUGAGAUCACCCGAGGCUCCUUCAUCCACACCCCUGGACCCGAGCUGCAGAGAGCCCUGGCCAUCCUUCAGAGCCAGUGGGAGGUCUGCCAAGGGCCUGCUGAGAGUCCAGCAGGGACCAGGCAGAAGCGAGCAGCAGGGCGGAGUGCAGCGCCUGGCAUUGGGCUCCAGCGGGUGAAGAGGGGCUGGACUAUGCCUGGCACGCUGUGGUGUGGAGUCGGGGACUCUGCCAGGAACUCCACGGAGCUGGGGGUCUUCCAGGGCCCUGAUCUCUGCUGCCAGGAACACGACCACUGCCCUCAGACGGUCUCACCCUUCCAGUACAACUAUGGCAUCCGGAACUACCGAUUCCACACCAUCUCCCACUGCAGCUGUGAUGCCAGGUUCCAGCAGUGCCUACAGAACCAGCGGGACUCCGUCUCCGACAUCGUGGGCAUGGUCUUCUUCAAUGUACUGGCGAUCCCCUGCUUUGUGCUGGAGGAGCAGGAGGCCUGUGUGGAGUGGUACUGGUGGGGCGGGUGUAGAAGGUACGGCUCUGUGCCGCUUGCUCGUCUCCAGCCCAGGACCCUCUACAAUGCCUCUUGGAGCUCCCCUGCCACCCCAACUCCCAGUCCCCAGAACACAGCCCCAAGCCAGCCUCAGCCAAUGCAGCAUCCUCAGACGUGGCCAGCACAGCAGAAAGAGUCCAGGCACCCCAGUCAAGCCAAGGCCACAGCCCUCCAGGCUCCUGCGGCCUCUGAUGGGCCUGCCAUGCUCCCCAGAGUCCAGCUGGAGGUCACCAAUCCAGGCCUCCAGGGGCCUCGGGGUGGCCUAAAACCUCAGGGUGUCCGCCGGGCCUGCCGCAGCUUCCGCCGCCUGGACCGGUGUGAGCAUCAGAUUGGGCCCCAGGAGACCAAGUUCCAGGUGUUCAACAGCGCCCGGGACCCCCUCUUCCACUGCAACUGCACGCGCCGCCUGGCCCGCUUCCUGAGGCUCCACAACCCACCCAUGGGCGCCAUCGUGCUUCGGGAGCUGCUGGGCAUGACCUGCUUCAAACUGGUCCCUCCGCUGGACUGUGCUGAGGACAAAGGCUGUUCCAGUGACCCCAGGGCCAUCAGAGUGUCAGCUCGGCACCUGCGGCGACUUCAGCAGAGGCGACGCCAGCUCCAGGGGAUGGGCACACACCACAGGCAGGCAAGGCCUUCAGAGCACCCAAAGGCCUCCAUGUCAUUCUACGACCGGUGCCUGCAGCUGACCCAGGGAGCCGGAGGACCCAACGGACAGCAGAAACCCUGGAACCAGUGACCUCACUUCUUGUUCUCCUGGGCACUGGAUCAGACCUUGU